GACCCUCCUCUUCCCGGAAGAAAAAUGGCCGCGGCCUAGCGGUGGCCCGUUGGAGGCGUCUCGGGCGCUCGGGCCCCUCGGCGUAUCCUGAGCGCCGAGAAAGAAGCGCUCCUGGCCGCGCGCGCCGGCCGUCCCACAGCGCAGACCCCUGUGGCCAUGGCACCCAGGCUGGCCCCCCUCGGUGGCCUGGCUGCCCGCUGCCUCUGGCUCCUGGGGGUGGCCCUUCUGAUGGACGCGUCGGCCCGGCCUGCCAACCACUCGUCUGCUCGCGAGAGAGCGGGCCACAGGGAGGAAGAGGAGAUCCUGCCCCCGGACCACCUGACCGGGGUGAAGCUGGAGAUGGACGGGCACCUCAACAAGGAUUUCCACCAGGAGGUCUUCCUGGGCAAGGACACGGGCGGCUUCGAGGAGGACGCAGAGCCUCGGAGGAGCCGGCGGAAGCUGAUGGUCAUCUUCUCCAAGGUGGACCUGAACACGGACAGGAGGAUCAGCGCCAAGGAGAUGCAGCGCUGGAUCAUGGAGAAAACGGCCGAGCACUUCCAGCAGGCCGUCGCUGAGAGCAAGAUGCAUUUCAGCGCCGUGGACCCCGACGGCGACGGCCGUGUGUCCUGGGAUGAGUACCGGGUGAAGUUUUUGGCGAGCAAAGGCCACGAUGAGAGAGAAAUCGCUGAUAAGAUAAAGAAUAAGUGGGACCUGAACAUCGAUGAAGAGACACAGGAAGUCCUGGAGAACCUCAAAGACCGCUGGUAUCAGGCGGACAGUCCCCCCCCGGACCUGCUGCUGACUGAGAAGGAGUUCCUGUCCUUCCUGCACCCCGAGCACAGCCGCGGCAUGCUCCAGUUCAUGGCCAAGGAGAUCAUCCGGGACCUGGACCAGGAUGGUGACAAGAGGCUCUCGCUGCCCGAGUUCAUCUCUCUGCCCGCGGGCACCGUGGAGAACCAGCAAGGCCAGGACAUUGACGACGGCUGGGUGAGGGACAGGAGGAGGGAGUUUGAGGAACUGAUUGAUGCUGACCAUGACGGGAUCGUGACCAUGGCGGAGCUGGAGGACUACAUGGACCCCAUGAACGAGUUCAGCGCCCUCAACGAGGCCAAGCAGAUGAUCGCCGUCGCUGACGAGAACCAGAACCACUACCUGGAGCCUGAGGAGGUGCUCAAGUACAGCGAGUUCUUCACGGGCAGCAAGCUGGUGGACUACGCCCGCAGCGUGCACGAGGAGUUCUGAGCACGCGCCGCCCCCGCAGCGCCUCGUCCCGCGUCGUCGCAGCACCGCGCUUCUGAGAACUGCAGCCCUUCUGCGGAAGCCGCUGCCCCGUCGCCCGUGCUCACGCACCUCAGGGGGCACCGCAGCUCCUGCCGUUUCCUGGAAAACCGAAAGAUGUUUGCAUUGCUCUGCUGGCCGGGCUGCUCCGCCCGUGGGGGCGGCCGUGACCACCGUCACCGGCCCCUCCGUGUUCGGCCUCUGAGAAAACGUGAACACCCGCGACGAGAACCUCAUUAAUGUACUUUAAAAUACAGUUGCCUUUUUCUCCUA